ACUGGAUCCGCCAGCACUACAAGCUCGACAUCUUUUGCCACCAUGCUUAAGGGUCUCCCUAAUCUUAAGGCUCUCACUAAUUCAUCUUUCAAGUGCAUCCUUGAAACGUAUGAGGGAGUAUCUACUGUAGGGAAGUGCUCUCUUAUACCAUUCAACGAUGCAACUGAAAGGUGAACACUAGUGGAUAGCUCUAAUAAUCCAUCUCCAGGUCAGAAGCAUCUCAGCAAAGCUGCUUCCCAGAAGAACUCUGCCAAAGGUCCUGUUGUCCCGUGUGGAAGGGGAAAACUACAGGGAAAAACUACUUCGAGAUGACUCGCCCCAAGAGGUCGGAUUCGGGUGAGUUCUAACAUACGCUACGCGAAAAACAUGACUUUAUUCGGUUCGCAGGAAAAAACGGGUCGCCGUUGUUUUUCUUAAGGCUGAGGCCAAUACAUAAUGCGUUCGUCUUCCUUACAAUAGGUACGACAGUGUCGCCCCAAUUGUCUUUGUCACCAACAGCAGUGGCUGAUCGUAAUAGAUAUAGUUCGUGCUGUCCAAUUCUUGUGAGCAUAAGGGUGAGCUCCAUGCAUCUGCAGAGUGUAAUCCGAUGGAUUUUGUUUCUCAAGCUUUUUUUUUAUGAGGUGCGGUCGUGUUCACUAUCAGAUUCUGCGGGCACUAGAGACGGGCACUAGGGUCGGCGCUAUCAGGGAUACACACAUACAGACAUGACGUGUCUAACUUUCACCGAGCUAGUGUUUCGAGCUUACUCCCUGAGACAGUGGAAGGACCAAGGUUUGAGGUUUUCCGUUGUUUUCCCGAACGAACUUGGCGAGCCCCAGACGAGAAAAAUUCACGUUAAGGCUUCUUACAAUUUGAAUCCCCCAUCUGUUAGUGUCAGCUGCCCAUCUACUGUGAGCUGCCCACCUGAAUCUGUGAGCUGCCCAUCUACUGUGAGCUGUUUUCAAGGACAUCAGAGACGAGUGAGCUGUUCUCAAGAAGGAAAAUCCAACAUUUAGAUGAGGCGGAAAAGGUCGCAUAGUCCAGGUGCUGGCAUGCUAGCCAGUGUUAGGCUUCAUGGAGUGGAAAGAUGUAAAUCCAUUGUAGUUCGUAGUUCUAAUCACGGCUUCCGAAUGCACGCGGCUCCUUAUUCCGACUGGCUAAAGUUUGUACAGGUCUACAUUGGAGACACAUACCUAGGCAACUUAAAUUAAGGCAAACUACUUACAUGUUGAAUAAUAGAUUUAGAUACUAUUAAGGGGCAACCUACAUGUUGAAUAAUAUUAAGGCAACCUCCUGCAUAGUACUAGCUAGUGUUAAGAUACUCGUCUUGUUCUUCUAGUAGGAGAAAAGGGGUAGCAGGGGACUGAUUUUCUGAAGAAUGCGAAAAAUAACGGAUGCUGGUGUUCUGGGCAAGAGCACUGUAAUUAAAACUACCGCUGGAGCAUCGUCAGCAUCGUCCUUGGCCCCUUUUUCAAGGGGCAAUGGGGCUGCUCGGGGAUGCUUCCAGGGAUGCUCCAUUUUCAAUGGGGCUCUUCUGUUUCUAGUACGUAGGAAACGGACACCAUCAUAUUAAAUAGUAUUUUUGAAUGAAGCUGCAAGAUGAUGUAGUUCUGAAUUAUACAGAAUAAUAAGUCUAAUUCCAUCCUGCGGAGGAGCGGGGCUUUCUUGCCAUUCCUGGCGUCGACUUGCGUGCGUUGUAUCGACCACCUUAUACGCUGGAGUUAAGGCACCUGUAGUCCCCGCGGACCUGCUUCUUCACCUUCUAGACCGCUCUGUUGAUACACCUGUAGUCCCCGCGGACCUGCUUCUUCACCUUCUAGACCGCUCUGUUGAUACACCUCUUAGAGCGUAGGCAUAUGAUGAACAAGACUACCGAGGAUAUUUAGCUCUUGGUCACACUGCCAGCUCGCCUUUCUGGACGUGAGAAGCUGAGCAGUCUCGCUCUCGUCGUGACAAACAUCAAGAAUCACAACAUUAAUAACAUGAAUAAACCUCGUUAUCCUUCUUGUCCAUAAGAUGAAGGUGUCGGUCCUCCUGCAUAAUAAAAUGACAUAAUAUAUAACUAUGAUAUGUAAGAUAACAUUUUUAACUAAGUAUCUAAGGAUCACAAGAUAAUAACUAUGGUGGAUAAAAAGGAUACGAUCAUACGGCUCUGCUCAAGAAAGAGGCGACGAUCAUAUGGCUCUCUAAUAGCGGUACGCCUGGCAGAGCCGAUCGAUGCUAAGAGCAUAUCUUUCAGCGGAAACCCCAACCCCUUCGUGUACGAGUACACGUAUCCAGCGAGUCUGAGAACGGACGAUGUUAAGGCUUGUACCCUAAUGUUAAAGGGGAACAGUCGUCGUGGUCGCUAAUGCUGAACGCAAGAGACUACUUUCAUCAAAGCUCUCUUCUUUUCCCUUCGUUUCUUUCCCCUGUUGGUUCUCUCAAGGGGUCGCCUCUUCCAUCUCCUUGUCCUAAUGAUGCACCCCUUUUCUUAAUGAUCCUUACCCUAAUGACCCAUCUCCUUUUCCUCUCGCCCAGAAGCAUCUUACUUAGGGAUGUAGAAGCUAUCAAAAAUCCAUCUUCAGAAGCACCUAAUAGGUAGGGAUGUCGAUGUUUUAGUGCCAUAAGGAAGGUUCAAGGGACUUUUUAGUGCCAUAAGGAAGGUGGUUAAAGGGAAAAACAUUUAUUUAUUUACUCAAGAUCCAAAACGUGUUACAGUUAGUUUGAGGAUGUUUCAAGGUAGUAGGGGAAAAUUAACAGAUCCGAGAUGACUUCGUUCCGUGAGGGGGCGAGGGUCUCAGGAUGGAAAAUAUACAGAUCCGAGAUGAGUUUCAGAAAACAGGCCCGAUCCCGAGACGAGAGGGUCUCAAAAUGGGAGCCAUUCAUUAGGCUAUGUUGGGGCUAUCUUCUAAUACUGUAACCAAGGUCAGAUAUUGGAAGCACAGUUGGCCAACCCAAGUGCUAAGCCAUGGUCUUCGCGCGGAUUUUGGACCUGCUUGUCAUACUCCAUCAGACAGCACCUGGCAGCCACACGUAGCCGAUUUCCUCCCGACGGCGCAAAGCUGCGUGCAAAAAGCUGGACAACUUGGAGGCAUGGUCUUCGAAGUCUGGCCACGAACUGCGUUUCAUGGCUUCGAUCCUGUUAAGGCUUCUCCCAAUCCAUCCAUCUCUAUAGCUUGUAUCCCUCAACCAUUAUACCAUAAAUGCACUAGGGGAGAGCCAGCUCUAAUCCUGCCUCCACCCGUCACGAUUUAACAGGAGCUGCCUGCUGUAGCGUCUACAAGUUCGCCGUCCUUGGUUCUGGGACUCCGACAAACAGCGGGAUCAUGUACACUAUUGUGAACGAAGAAGGCCGAGUGACAUUACGAGGCUUGGAAGUGUUUUACGAUCCGAAUCCGCUUGAAGAGUUUGCGUUGGAUGCGAACCACGAAGGACGCUUUUAUGGAUGUUGUUUUUUUCUCUCCUCCCUCAGCACCAUGAUUCUUGGCCUCCGUUGUAGUUGGUGUUUCAGUUUCAGUACUUGAUGUUGUAUUUAUUUAUACUUUAUAGUUCGACCUGAACAAACUGCGAGUGUCUUGGCUUCGGCCUCGCUCACUUUCAGAGCCAGUCUCUGUGGGUGCUGCGGACAGCACUAUCAGAGACGCGCAUAUGGCAUUAGUUCUUGGAUAAUAAUAAAAGGUCACAGGGAUCGUGGGCUCAGGAACUGUUUUUAAGGGGAAAGCGGUAGCCUCGAUCCUCUGGCUCUAGUGGGGAGAAAAAACAAGAUUCAUAGGGUUGUGAAGAGCUCUGGCGACUACUUCCUGGCGGCUUUAAGGUCAGCUUUUAGUUUUAUCCCUCCGGCACCUCGGUACCCUUUCGCUGCUCCCUUUUUCUUGUGCUUCAUGGGAACAAGCAAAGGGGACAUCGAGAUAAGGGAAAAAUAGCGAGAUCAUGAAAAGAAGCAGGUUACAGAUUGUUCUAAAGAAAGAGAGUGGGGGUUUGCAAGUUGAUAAUAAAAGGUGGGAAAGCUUCACCGGUACGGAAUUGAGCCCAUGGGUUAUGUUUGUGCUUCCCGAGCGGCGAAGAGUAUCCAGGGUCGAACUUUAUACUAAAAACAGUUGCGACAAGCGCCUUUUUGAUCACGACUCCGGAUGCGAUUUUAUUAUGGCCGACGCUACUACUCACAUCUUAAGAUGGUAUUUAUAGGCAGUCAUAAAAAAGUAUAAUUUCACCUACGAUCCGACGAGCGAGAUGAAAGUAAAGUGGUCUAGUUUCACCAUCGAUCCGAUAUGAGUGAUAAUUGUUCCUACGAUCCGAUAUGAAGUGAAGGAGUCUAAUUUUACCUACGAUCCGACGAUCGAAAUGACCUCGGGCCUCCGUGUCGGCGUAUCGAAUCGACCAUGCGUUGGAGGCUCUCAAGGAUUCGGCUGCUAUGCGUACAGCUACGAAGAGCAGACGGGCUUCGUGCGAGAUCUUGAUGCGUAUUCGAUACGUGGCUAAGGCUAGUACCGCUCAAGCAUGUUGUCUCCUUAUAACACCAUCAAAGUCCUUGAUUCUUCUUUUUCUAUAGUUCUUGAAAAAGAAGAGCCACGACCUGCUUCUAAGGGUAAUAGUAAUUAUUAUUGCAACUCUCACAACUUUACUCUCACACAUGAUUUGAGUCCUUUACACAAGAACUUUACUCCAUAGAGAUACAACUGACUUUGAAGAGCAGUCGUCCCCGGCACACCUCAUUGUUUAUACUCUACUACUCAAUGGGGAGCAUCUGCAUCAAGAUGCUAACGCGGCCACAGAAGCUCUAAUUUGGGGCCCCACAGACGCUCUCAAAGAGCAACCCGAAUUAUUUUGGUAUCCAGCCUUGCAGAGUUGCUGGGACUCAGAACGAGAUGAUUAGUUACGCAGACUAUGCUACUGCGAAAACUAACCAGCUAUCGGGCCAGGUGCUGUUGGAAGCGCACUGUGCUGGUGCAGAGGGGCGAUUCCUCUUUAUAGAGUGGGCACCGAUGCAGCAACUGUCCAAUCCACAUCGGGAGAAAUUUGAUCAUAGAAUGCGUCGCGCGAACGCUCUCUCCCAAGUCAAAGUCUACACGUACUUAAGGAUUUAAGUUGUAUAUAUAAGUAAAUAUUUCAUUUCUACGACUCAUAUCUUGCGCUUUCCUUAUUCAGAUUGCGAAGAAAUGAAGGGAAGCAGGAACAGGGAGUGGAGUGCUUUGUUGCGCUUAUCUAACGUACGCCGGAGAAACCGGCGGCGAGGGGCUCACAGCCACCACUUCGUACCCGUUGCGCAACGUGAAUGCUGGGCUAUCGGUAACGCAUCCGUCGUAUCAGAGGACUACAACUUAAGAGUCGUGUUGUAUAUAGAAGAUGCUCUUGGUGGAAAAUCUUCUGUUACACUUAUUCUUUCCUGCUCUCUUUUUAUGGGUCAUUCGUCUGCUGUCGUUGGUUUUGCCUCGCUUAAGGGAGAGACAUGGAGGAGCAGACUAAACUUAAACGGGACAGCACACUAACUACGUCACUAGCUAACUAACGAAGUUAACUAACUAAGUAACAGCAAAACUAAAGCCCUAUGCCCCAUCUAAUCAACGUGCGCCAAAGCUUGCCCCUGUGGAGCUGAAUUGCAUAGCGCGUGCACGGGUGCCUCUACCACAGUGGACGGCGGUCUCAGUUUAAGGCUUACUCUAAUCCAUCUUCUGAAGCAUCUUGGUAGAGACGUUUUCAUGGGGGAAAUGGUCUCAGGGUGGACUUCGGGAUGGAUUAGGGUGAACUCUAACCGGUGCGGACUUGAUGCACACCUUGCAAAAUGUUCAAAAUCCCGCGGUGGCAGAGAAAGGACAUCUCUCCCUCUCCCCCGACAUGCCACUCUUAAGGCUACCACGCCUGAAGCAUGUGCUCUCCUUACUUGUAUCAUGGUGA